AUGGAUCCUGUUGAUAAAAUGAAACUGGUAGAAUCUUUGUGUCAAGUGUUACAGUCUGCUGGGUUUUUCAGCAUUGACCGGGAAGAAGAUGUUGACUUCCUGGCCAGAUUUUCUAAAUUGGUCAAUGGAAUGGGACAGUCAUUGAUAGUUAGCUGGACUAAAUUAAUUAAAAAUGGGGAUAUCAAAAAUGCUCAGGAGGCACUGCAAGGUACUGAAACAAAGGUGGCGCUGAUGUUGCAGCUCCUAAUUCAUGAGGAUGAUGACAUCUCUUCUAACAUUAUUGGAUUUUGUUACGAUUAUCUUCAUAUUUUGAAACAGCUUACAGUGCUUUCAGAUCAACAAAAAGCUAAUGUAGAGGCAAUCAUGUUGGCCGUUAUGAAAAAAUUAACUUACGAUGAAGAAUAUAACUUUGAAAAUGAGGGUGAAGACGAAGCCAUGUUUGUAGAAUAUAGAAAACAACUGAAGUUAUUGUUGGACAGGCUUGCUCAAGUUUCACCAGAGUUACUGCUGGCUUCUGUUCGCAGAGUGUUCAGUUCUACACUGCAGAACUGGUAG